UGUGUCCUCUCUUGGCUCUUGCUCAUUCCAGGAGUCCCAGCUGCUGGAGGAGGCUGUGCAGAAGGUGCGAUGAGCAAGAUCAGUGACGCGGUGAACCGGGCGCGGGAGGCCUUUAACUCCGGCAAGACUCGCCCGCUGCAGUUCCGAAUCCAGCAACUGGAGGCGCUGCGGCGCAUGAUCACUGAGCACCAAGCGGACAUCGUCGCUGCACUGGCCGCUGACCUGCACAAGAAUGAGUGGACCGCCUACAAUGAGGAGAUUGUGCAUGUGCUGGAGGAGAUUGACACCACGAUUAAGAAACUCCCAGAGUGGGCUGAGGAUGAGCCUGUGGCAAAGACUCCCCAAACCCAGCAGGAUGAGUCCUACAUCCACUCGGAGCCCCUGGGCAUAGUCCUUGUUAUAGGUGCUUGGAACUACCCCUUCAACCUCACCAUCCAGCCCAUGGUGGGUGCCAUUGCUGCGGGAAAUGCAGUAGUCCUCAAGCCCUCAGAAGUGAGUGAGAACACGGCAGACCUGCUAGCCACCCUUGUCCCUCAGUACCUGGAUAAGGAUCUGUAUCCAGUGAUCAAUGGGGGUGUCCCCAAGACCACGGAGCUGCUUACUGAGAAGUUUGACCACAUCAUGUACACUGGGAGCACAGCGGUGGGGAAGAUCGUUAUGGCCGCCGCGGCCAAGCACCUGACCCCUGUCACCCUGGAGCUUGGAGGAAAAAGCCCUUGCUACGUGGACAAGGACUGUGACCUAGAUGUGGCCUGCCGGCGGAUUGCCUGGGGGAAAUUUAUGAACAGUGGCCAGACCUGUGUUGCCCCAGACUACAUCCUCUGUGACCCCUCCAUUCAGAACCAAAUCGUGGAGAAGCUCAAAAAGUCGCUGAAGGAUUUCUAUGGGGAAGAUGCUAAGCAGGCCCGUGAUUAUGGGAGAAUCAUCAAUGACCGUCACUUCCAGCGGGUCAUAGGCCUGAUUGAGGGCCAGAAAGUAGCCCAUGGAGGCACCUGGGAUGCGGCUUCACGAUACAUAGCUCCCACCAUUCUCGUGGACGUGGACCCCCAGGCCCAGGUGAUGCAGGAGGAGAUCUUUGGGCCGGUGAUGCCCAUUGUGUGUGUUCGAAGCUUGGAAGAGGCCAUUAAAUUCAUCAACCAGCGUGAGAAACCUCUGGCACUCUACGUGUUCUCCAACAACAACAAGGUGAUCAAGAAAAUGAUCGCAGAGACAUCAAGUGGCGGUGUGACAGCCAAUGACGUCAUUGUUCACAUCACUGUGCCCACUUUGCCCUUCGGGGGUGUGGGGAACAGUGGCAUGGGAGCCUACCAUGGCAAGAAAAGCUUCGAGACCUUCUCCCACCGCCGCUCCUGCCUGCUGAGGUCUCUAAUGAAUGAAGAAACCCACAAGGGCAGAUACCCACCAAGCCCAGUCAAGAUGCCCCGGCACUGAGAGGACUGUUACACCCAACUCAUUUUUGCUGGCUUUGCUGUCCUUGGAAAAUUGCUCUUGGAGCCACAUCCUGGCUUCUCACCCACCUGCUACCUGCAUGUGCUCAACUCCCAGAUGGCUCACCUCAUCCCUGCACAUUCUUCUGUUUCCUGGGCACAGAGAUCAAUAAAGCCUUCCGAAGGAAA